AUGUCUCACCAAAAGGUCCCUAUUACCUUUACCUACAAGAAGAAGGAUACCGAUCCUCCUAUCUAUAUAGCAGGUUCGUUUUCGGAUCCGCCAUGGCAGCCCCAAGAGAUGGAUGUCGCCAUCGACCAGCUUGGUGGUUAUCUAUUCACUAAACAAGUCAUGGUUGACGAUGGCACCGAGAUCCAAUACAAAUUCCGCAUAGGAUCUGGUGAUUGGUGGGCCUUGGACGAGAGUGCCGAUAUAGCCACGGAUGAAUCAGGAAAUACGAACAAUGUUCUUAGAGUCUCAAUUGAUGCGUCUCAAGAAAAUGCCACCGAGGUGCCAAACCCUAAGACCAGCGAAUUAGAAGAGUUGGAUCCCAACACUGGCACGCAGACUCCGGACUUCGCACAGGCAGCUGCUGAGGUGGCUGAUUCGGCACGCACUUUAGACCCCGAGACCCCUGAGCCGGAGAUAUCAGACAGCGAAGCAGGAAGAAUAGGUACCCGACGUAUGUCAACCACUCCAAUUGGUGAGGUCUCAGAGACAGCUAUAGAGGUCGCCAAUGUUGCUGCGACGCUAGAUAUUGAAGAAUCUGUUUUGGAUGAUGGGGAUGACGGCGAAACAGACCUAUGCCCUAUGUUUUCCCAUGAAUCUAUAGGACCAUCUUCUCACAAAGAAGACGUACCUAAUGAUGAUGAUGAUGAUGACAUUAACAAGGAUAACAAGUCUCAUUCCGAGUUCGGCAACCCGGCUAUUGAGAUUGAGGGCGUAGACUUUGACGAUCCCCAGUUAGAAGAGUUUCCGUCAGACAAUCGGGAGUCUAUCAUGGCUGCUAUGCGACGCAUUUCGACGAGCAUAGAUGUUGACCGCACAAUUACCGACGAACUUCCACCGACACCCAUAAUUACUAUUCUCCAGAAUUCCAAGAAUUUCUACUCACUCGAUAAUCAGAGCGAGUCGCCAAGUGUGUCAGAUUCGCUUUCAGAUGAUAAGCAGAAUCUCCGCCCUGGCAAUAGCGUCAGACAGUCGCACUCCGGGCGUAGAGAAUCAUCGACGAACUCUCUAGGGUCAAUUUUGGAAGAUGAUGAAGCGCUCAACGAGCAUGCUAUUGACGAGACGGAGGAUGCUACAGCUCCGUUCAUACAACACCCUGGGCCAUCUUGGGGUUCUCCUACCCCCGACCGUGUCGUCAGCGAUGAUGAUAACGACGAAGGCAUUGCUAUGAGGGUUGAUUCUAGAAAAAUAGCCGAGCAAUCUCAACAUUGCUCUCCGUCCUUACCUUCACCACCUGCAUCUUCCGACGGCAAUAUUCCGGAGGCCGCAGAGUUGGACCCAGAAACCCCGCCAUCGGUACUGAAGGACCCAGUCCUGGAGGAUAAUGUAGAUGUUUCGGGAAGUACUGACGACGUACCGGCCAUAAUUGAGAGCGAUUUACCUAAGCUCAGUACAACUAUCACUACACGUCGCACGCCAGAUAGGUACUUGAGUAACAGUUCCGACAUUGAGAGUACAAGCGAAGCGAAUGGAAAAUCAACAUCUUUCGGUACCACUAGCCCGCCAGGCUUACGGAAACGUAUAAUCGACAGGCCGGCUACUCCACCUUCUACGCAUCACUACCAGGGCCGCAAUAGAUAUCCAGACUGGUUAGAAGCUUGCAUACGGAUCGUGUUUGUGAAAUGGAUUGGAGGCCUUGCGUCAUGGCUACAUGACCGCAGAAACAAAGCGCUCAUGGCUGCUGGCACGGCAGCUAUUGUCGUUGGGGUAGGCUUAUUAUGGCAGAAUCCGGUUCGGCUGUAG